CUGGACCGCAUCGACCAGGCCAGCCUGCCCCUGGACGGUUCCUUUGCGCCUGGCCUGGAUGGGCGCGGCGUGCACAUCUAUGUGCUUGACACCGGACUGCGCACCACCCACUCCGAGUUUUCUGGGCGGGUGGGCGAGUCUGUGUCCUUCACCAGCGGCUACGCGGUGCAGGGCUUUGGCGACAGCAGCGGACACGGCACGCACGUGAGCGGCACAGCCAUGGGCUCCCAGUUUGGCGUGGCCAAAAAGGCCACCAUUCAUGCGGUCAAGACCAUGGGCGACGACGGCAGCGGCUCCUACUCCAACAUCAUCGCAGGCAUGUCGUGGGUGGUGCAGCACGUGAAGCGCAACGGCUGGCGGGGCGUCGUCAACAUGUCGCUCGCAGGUGGCCCACGCAGCACCGCGCUCAACGAUGCUGCCCAGCAGCUGAUCAAUGCUGGGAUUCCAGUGGUGACGUCGGCGGGCAACAACCUCACCCUGCUCUCCCAUUCGCUCCCUGCAGACGCCUGCUCCCAGUCCCCCGCCUCCAACCCCCAGGCCAUCGCCGUCGCCUCCUCCGACUCCAGCGACCAGCUGUCGCCGUUCUCCAACAUCGGCUCCUGCGUCGACAUCUUUGCGCCGGGCUCCUCCAUCACCAGCGCCGGAAUCUCCAGCGACACCUCUUCCGCCGUGAUGUCAGGCACCUCCAUGGCCUCGCCGCACACCGUGGGCGUGGCGGCGCUCAUCCUGCAGGCCUUCCCCGCCGCGACUGUGGCCGACAUGGCCUCCAUCCUCACCAACGCCAGCCAGCGGGUGGUGUUCAGCACCACCACCGUGCCCCGCCUGCUGCAGGUGGGG